AUGCACUAUGACUUCUUCUUGACAAACAUAAAGAAUCUUACCGAAAUAAAGAUGUAUGAUUUAACAGAAUAUGAAGGCUUAACGAUGUCAGAUGUAAAGAAAGGCAAACCAAAAAAGAGACCAUAUAGAGAUGAAAGCACACUGACAAAUGACCAGAAAGCCAUUUUGGAAGCUCUUAAGCAAACAGGAAACCCAGCACUUAUAGAAAGCUUUUGGAAAGAUAAUGGUGAAAAGAAGUUUUAUAAGAAGAGAAGCGGUCAGUUCUGGAAGUAUCUUUGCACAUUACCUAUAAAUCUUGAACGCUACCAAAUCUUCAAUGAACUGAACAAAAGAACUGCAACACUUAUGACAGAGGACAAUUGUUUCGUUUAUGCUUGCAUUCAGGCUGGAGUAAAUGAAGAAACUAUUGACCACAUGAGAGAAGUCAUUCGUGUUAGAGACUUUCCUCAAAGUAAAGUACAAGAAAUUUCUGACGCAACAGGUAUAGCAUUUAAUGUUACCAUUGGUUAUUUCAAUGACUCAAGACAUAAUGAAAUAAAGAGAUAUAUACCAAAAGAAUGCGAAACUGUUAGAACUAUUGACUUACUUCUUGUUGAAGACCACUACAUGCUAAAUGAAAGACUUCCAAUGACAACAUACUUCAUUCGAAACUAUAAAGAAAUUCUCAAAGCUUGUGGUGGAAUGAACAUUGAGAAACAGAUGAAGAUUUAUACAAAGAGAGAAGAUAAAUAUGUAGUUCGUUAUGAUAGAACAACACCGUUAUGGGAUGUUAUGAAAACAUUGUGGGAGUGCAAAUAUUUCGAACCUAUUUCUUAUGGAGAACUUUUCACAUAUACUACUGACUUAUAUAAACAGAACCUUGCACCAUUUAAAGAUUUGACAUAUGCUCCAAAGUAUUGUGUACAACUGAAGAAGAAAGCAGAGUCAAAAGAAGUAA